CUGUUCCAUUACGUAACUGCCUCUGGUGACAUCUAAAAUCUAACAACUGUUAUAUUUAACAUGAUUUGCUCAGCAAGAGCACAAAUGUACGUUAGACUAUGACAGUAACCCCACACAUUUACUUCCAUGGUUUAAAAUGUGUAUGUACAUGAACAAUGGCUUUAUAAGCUUUUUUAAAUUGCGCUUCGUAAUGCAGGUCAUGCGAUCAUAACUUGGUGAUUUUAAUUGCUGGCGUUUUUUCCGCAGUAUUUGGCAUGCAUGGAAGAGGUAAUGUAGGUUUUAUUUUCUCGAAACCGGUCCCUUUAAUUUUCUGAACACCGCAAGCUCAAUUAUGCCCCCCGUUGGUUUGUACGGACGUGUCAGAAAGGCAACACUAAAAGACUACGUUUUAUUUGUAAUGAAUGCUUAUUUAGUCAACUCCGGUCUUGGCUGUCAGUUAGCGAUGCCCUCUCAGCCCUCCCGGACAUCUUUCAACAGCCUUCACGGAUAUUUGAUGUUUAUUUCGAGUUCGUUCAUCAUUGUCACUGGCGGUCGUGGGUGAGCCGGUGGAGGGCAAUUUAGAACACGGAGGUGACUUCGCGGGACAGACACUUACCAGCAUAGCGUCGCAGACCAGGCGUCUGAGCAUACGAAUAACCUGAGACCGACUUCGAUACGAAGGACAUUUUUUACUAGUCUCCUUUGAGUUUAUGGAUCUGCGGACGAGCCAACGCACUUCUGAAAUCACAUUACGCAGGGUGCCCCUUCAGCUCAAAAGCGUGGACAGAUAGCGUCGAUCUCAACACAUAUUCAUGCACUGCAUCUUUCGCUCGUGCACGGACCUGCGCCUCGCGAUUCCUCCCCCCUUCCCCCCCGCCCCGCUGCCGCUCACCUGCUCGUGCCGCGUCAGUCUGCCGCACGCUGGAAUACAGACACCCCUCCGUAAGUAAAAGCAAGUGUGCUGGAUUUCUUCCCGGUAUUAUAGAUCCUGUCCAAGGACACGUUUGGAAAAGCCUCAUUCUACUUCUACGCUCCUGUGGGUGGACACGCAGCUAUGGUUUGUGAUAUUUUAAUUUGAUAAGAUAUCUGGACCAAGUUGUUUUUUUUAAAAAAACGUCGUCUUCACCUGUAAGCAGCAUAUUGGGUCAGCCGGAAUCAUCAGAAAAACGGCAUUAUCCUAACUUGCGCUGGGACGAAGCGAGCGAUCCCGUGGGCCUGUCCGCGUCCCUCACUCAGCCCGGUGAGCCCGGUGUUCUGGUGCGCUCUGCCGGAGGUAUGGACCCAGCACUACAGACCCGGAGGGAGCCAGCGAGAGCUUCUGGACCAGUACCGGUGCUAGUUCCAAUGCCAGUACCAGUACCGGUACCCACAUCGCACAACCCAGCACCACCCAAACUGGCAGCUCCCUCUAGAAAUUAUGCCCCAGUAACUGUCCCAAUAUAUUCCUCUGCGCCCCACCCUUUGCCACCUAAGACUAGCCCCGUUGCCCCAAAAACUACCCCGGCGCUAACCCUGUCGCCAAGUCCAAUCGGUAAUUCUGCUCCAAAAACUACCCCAGUGCUACCUCUUCCGCCAGCUCCCACCAGACAUUCAGCUCCAGUAACUGCCCCAGCCAGUACCCAUGUGUUACCCCUAUUGCCAGGUCCAGUCAGCUGUACUGCCUCAAUAACCGCCCCGGUCACCACAGCUGCUUCUGGGGCACGAAGUCCCAGGGGCCUCCUAGCCACACCCAUAGCCACACCCGCAGCCCCGCCCAAAGCCCCGCCCACUGCUCGGCCCAGGCCGACAGGACUCGGGGUCCCGCCCACAGCCAUGCCCCCUUGGCCCUCUGAAUCCGUCUCCAGCUCUGCUACCCCACAUGCAGGGAGGGGCUCGGGGGCGGGGCUGUCUCCCACUGGCCCCGCCCAUCUGCUCCCUGCCCCCCCACCUCCCAAGGCCAGUCCCAGCGGGGGUUCCGCACACACCCCGCCCCAGAAGGACAAAACAAGCAGCGAACUGGAGGAGUUCAGGGUGCACAUAGUCACGUGGAACGUGGGCUCAGCUGCUCCGCCCGACGACAUCGCCUCUUUGUUCGGGCCGGAUGUUGCCGACGGCAACACCGAUAUGUACGUGGUCGGGCUGCAGGAGGUGAACUCCAUGAUCAACAUGAGGUUGAAGGACGUCCUCUUCACAGACCAGUGGACUGAGCUCUGCAUGGACAGCCUGUCCCGCUUCGGAUAUGUGCUGGUGACCUCGCACCGGAUGCAGGGGGUGCAGCUCCUGGUGUUCUGCAGGUACCCCCACCUGCCCUUCCUGAGAGGUGUGCAGACACAGAGCACCCGCACAGGCCUGGGGGGCUACUGGGGAAAUAAGGGCGGUGUAAGCGCGAGGAUGACGGUGUUUGGCCACCCCAUCUGCUUCCUGAACUGCCACCUGCCGGCGCACAUGCAGAACGCCGAGCAGCGCAUGGAGGACUUCGAGACCAUCCUGCACCAGCAGCAGUUUGAGGGCGGAGUCACCAUGGGAGUGCUGGACCAUAACGUGGUCUUCUGGUUUGGGGAUCUGAACUUCAGGAUCGAGGGCUAUGACACGCACGUUGUAAAGAGCGCCAUCGACAACAAUACACUCUCACUGCUGUGGGAGAGAGACCAGCUGAACAUGGUGAAGCAGAGCGCUCGGAUUCUGGAGGGGUUUAUGGAGGGGCCUCUUCAGUUCCCUCCCACUUACAAGUUCGAUGUGGGAACACACACAUAUGAUACCAGUGCGAAGAAGCGGAAGCCGGCCUGGACGGACCGGAUCCUGUGGCGGCUCAGGGCGUCGGCCUCCCCCGGGCCUUCCCACAAUGCCGCUCUGCAGCGCGGGCUGACGUCGUGGCUGAGCGCCGGGGUCAAGGUGACGCAGCGCGCCUACCGCAGUCACAUGGGCUUCACCGUCAGCGACCACAAGCCCGUCUCCGCCCACUUCUCCCUACAGUUUUCCUAUAAGGUGGACGUGCCCUUGGUGACGCUCGCGGUCGAGGGGGGGUGGUGCCGGCCGUCGGACGCCCAGGUUCGGUUCGUGGUGGCCGCCGGCUUCUCCCGCAGCUCCUCCGACUGGAUUGGCUUGUACAAGGUGGGAUUCAGGCAUCAUAAGGAUUAUGUUGCGUAUGUUUUGGCCAAGCAGGAGGAGUCUGAUUACCUGUCUCAGGAGCACCAAGUCACUUUCCCUGAAGAGGAUUUGCCUAAGAGCAGCGGGGAGUACAUCCUGGGUUACUACAGCAACCACAGCAGCACCAUCGUGGGAGUGACCGAACCCUUCCAGGUCCAGCUGCCCGCGUGCAGCCUGAGCUCGGACAGCAGCUCGGAGGACGACAGCACGCUGGUCCUGCUGCAGCCGCAGUCCCGCAGCCCCAGCCCACGCAGCCGCAGCCGCAGCCCCGCCCUGCCCAGCCUGAAGGGGCUCAACCUGCGCCCGCACUCCCGCGAUGCCGCCCGCCGUAGCCCCUCCCCCCGCCCCGCCAUCGCCACCGCCGCCACCGGCAAGAGGGAGCGCCUGGUCUCCUCCUCCUCCCCGUCCCCCAGCUCCGCCUCCCCGUCCCCCUCCGGCCCCGCCCGCCUCCGCAGCCCCUGCACGCCCGGGAGCGAGUUCAGUGCCCCCGAGGCCCUGAUCGCCGCCAUCAUGGGCCCAGGUCCGGGCGCUUUCCCUGGGGGAGGCCACCAGGCGAGUCCGGGGAUGUAACUUUGCGCUAGGCCCCUCCCUGGGGCACGGAAGAAGUUAGUCUGAGAAUUCCGAUGGAUGGGGCCUUUCUCCUUUCCCUUCUCAAAUAAGGGCGUUUUCUGCGGCCUCUGACCAGAGUCUGGAGAAGGGGUAAUCUUGUCUGACGCUUUACUGAUCUGGGGUCAGUAGAACAGAACCAGGGUCUCCUAGAUCAGUCCGCUAUACAAAACCUGCUUCUUUAUUCUAUAAAUCUGUGGUUUAGGGGCUGGUAUUGUAAAGCUGUGUGUGUGUGUGUCUGUAUGUGAGUGAGUGUGUGUGCGUGUGCACGUGUGUGCGUACGUGCGUGUGCAUGCGUGCGUGUGUGUGUAUAGCCUGUAAGAUAUUUAGGAAUGUCAGUGCAGAUGGCUUACCUGUUGUGCUUGCUGUAGAAUAGCAUAUAAUUUGUACAUAUAUAUCUGUCUACCUCUCAGAUAUCAUUAUAUUAGAUGACAAUCAUCUGCAGAAGAGAUCGCUGCAUUUUCUGGCAUUAUUAGCUAUUUAUGUAAAUCUGUUUUCAUGUUUCAAUGAUUAAUAAAUGGAGAGACAAACUCCACUGGGCAGGAGAACAAA